UUGUGUAACCGGAAAAGACGUUGACAACAAAUCUAAUAAUAAUAAUCCAACUAACACACACCGACACACCCACCCACCUCUUUCUUUCCCCCAAGAUCUUCACUCUUUACCAAUUUUCACAAAUUCCAAGUUACACACAAUCUGACACAGGUAAUGUUCACAAGACUUGAAUCAAGAAAAUGUGCUGACUUGGGUUUUAAUCAAGUUAGCAUCUUUUGAGUUGGGUUCACUUUAUUUUGUUAUUUAAGUUCAUGGGGUUGAGUCUUUAUUAGUCUUUGACCUUAGUUUGACCAACAUUCAAAAAAGCUUAGAUUUUGGAUUAGUAGCUUUUGAAGAAAUUGUGUUUGAAAAGAAUGAUUUGGGUGUUAUAGAUUAAGUUUUGGUUUGAAGUGUAAAGAUGAAUGGUGUUAGUAUUAGUAGUAGUACAGAAAUGGCUUCUACUCUUAGUCCUAGAAGAGUGAAUGCAAAUGAUAAACGUGUUUCUUUUGAUAUCGAAAAUAAUUCUGAUGGAACGUUGAAGUAUGACGACACGGACUAUGGUGCAAGAUCCAAGAGCCCUGUUGUUGUUGCUGACAUACUCAAGACAUUGUUUUUUAUACUUGUGUGGUAUACAUUUAGUACAUUCUUGACUAUAUAUAAUAAGACUUUGUUAGGAGAUGAUAUGGGAAGAUUUCCUGCUCCUUUGUUAAUGAAUACAAUCCAUUUUUCGAUGCAAGCUGUUUUUGCAAAUGCCGUCACGCACUUUUGGCCUGAAAGAUUUCAACCAACUGUAUCUAUGUCAUGGAAGGACUACUUUAUGAGAGUUGUACCUACGGCUCUUGGAACAGCAUUGGAUAUUAACUUGAGCAAUGCGUCUCUCGUUUUUAUCUCUGUUACAUUUGCUACCAUGUGCAAAUCUGCUGCUCCUAUAUUUCUGCUGAUAUUUGCGUUUGCAUUCAGAUUGGAGUCACCAAGCUUCAAACUUCUAGGGAUUAUGUUGAUAAUAUCCGCUGGGGUUUUAUUAACAGUGGCAAGAGAGACUGAGUUUGACUUGUGGGGUUUCAUUUUUGUUAUGCUUGCGGCUGUUAUGUCUGGUUUCCGUUGGAGUAUGACCCAGAUCCUACUUCAGAAAGAGGUCUACGGUCUGAAAAAUCCCCUGACCUUAAUGAGCUAUGUAACUCCUGUAAUGGCUUUGUUAACGGCUCUACUAUCUCUCUUUAUGGAUCCCUGGGAUGAAUUCAAGUCUAGCAGUUAUUUUAAUAGCUCAGGGCAUAUCAUCAGGAGUUGCUUCCUGAUGCUAUUUGGGGGAACUCUUGCCUUUUUUAUGGUAUUAACGGAGUACAUCCUUGUCUCAGUAACCAGUGCGGUAACAGUGACCAUAGCUGGAGUUGUAAAGGAAGCUGUCACCAUACUGGUAGCAGUGUUAUACUUCCAUGAUGAAUUUACAUGGCUGAAAGGAGCUGGUCUUGUCACAAUCAUGUUUGGUGUGGGUUUAUUCAACUGGUACAAGUACCAGAAGUUACAUAAAGCAAAACUAGGUGUAGAUGAGUUGCCGGAAUCCCAAACCGCGGUCCCUGCAAAAUAUGUUAUUCUUGAGGAGGAGAUGGAUGAUGAGGAAACUAGUCUUUGAUCACUGGCUCGUUGCACUUAUCGCACGAUCCAACAUAAGUUGUUGGAUAUAAAUAGAGGGGCACGCUGCUGACCAGGUUAUGGAAAUACUUACUUUCAUGAUAAUUAUUCGCCAAAGAUGGAUUACGACAAUUAGCCCAAAUGAUCAAUAUGGAGCAAUUAAGAUGGAGCAGAAUCAAGCUGUCUAAUUGCUACAAAUAAACAAGAAUACGAACUCAUACAUUAUCUAGCCAAGUGUAUAUCAUUCUAAGCCCCACUAAUGUUUUUCAUUUGUUCUUUUUCCCACUGGAAAACUUACAUAGUAUGAUUAUCAGAAAUUUUUUGCGAUA